GACGAGGAGGAAGAGAGUGAAGAGUCACAAGAGGAGGAGGAAGGUGGAAAGAAAGAGGAAGGAGAGGAGGAGGAGGAGGAGGAGGAGGAGGAAGAUGGAGAAGGAAAGGAGAAAGAUAAGAAGGAAGGCAAUGUAGAAUGGAGGCGUCCUUGGUUUAUGUUUCAGUAAAGCCCCGUAUUCUUGUCAUGGCAAUGUAGAAUGGAGGCGUCCUUGGUUUAUGUUCAGUAAAGCCCUGUAUUCUUGUCAUGGCAAUGUAGAAUGGAGACGUCAUUGGUCACAUACUGUUCUAAUGUAUGUGCACUUGCCACGCUGUUCACCAGGCAAAAGGCGUUGCAGAAAGAGCGCGAGAUCACUGUGUUGUGGGAGAAGACAGAGUCCCUUAGUGGUCAGCUGGUGACGGUCCACAACCACAGCCACUUUGAAGAGAAUGGCCUGAGCCACGACCACCUUGCUCAAGAAAAUAUCACGUUGACAGAGCUGAUUAAACAACUAGAAGAUAACCUCAAACUUUCAAAGAUAGAAAUAAAAAACAUCACAAGACAGAAUAGUGAGCUGCAUGCACUUAUCACAGAGUAUAAAGUCACUCCCUCAGAGGAAAAAGACAAGGAUGGCACGUCUUCAUGUGAGAACUCAGAAGCUAAAUGUACAGAUACCAAGGGGAAAUUGCUGGGUCAAGUGGCUACACUGACAUCUGAGGUUAGCAGGUUGGAGAGUGAGUGCAGCAGUCUUCAGGUUCAGCUAGACUGUGAGAGGGGAUAAGUAUAACAAACUGCUGGGAGAAUCUUUUGCUCAUGAAAAGUUGUCUGAAGAUGUCAUAACUGAACCAAAAGGAGAAACAACAGGAUUGGGAGGAACUGAGCUUUAACAGAAGCUGCAACAACUGCAGGAGGCUCACAGGGUCCUGGAGAGCAGGUUAACUUGCAGCAUGAAGGAGGUGGCAGAUUAGUGAUUUCUGCUGCAUCUCACACACUUCUUAUUCAAUUGCUUGCAGGAUUUGAUAUCAAAGCUGGUGCAGGAAAAGGAAGCAGAUCAUGACCUUCAGCAGCUCGAGAAGAUAAGCAGCGUCCUUAUAUAUAUGUUAUAUAAAUAUGUUCCUUUCACUAUAAUAUAUUAUAUGUAUUAAAAACUGCAUGGAAUACUACUGUAUUCCAUGCACUUUGUAUUCCAUGUAUUCCAGCCACUCAGUCCUCCUACUGAGUGGCUGGGGUUUUCCAAAAGUGAGGGUUGGUGUUCUAUACCAUACCAUGUGCCCUGUUUGUAUUCCUUCUCUAUCCUCUGUAUUAUAUUCUAUGUAAAGAUGGUGCUGGGGUGGGAUCUACUUCUUAUUCCCUAAAAGUGAUGAGGAGUGACACUGGGCAGCAUUAAUUUGCUCCCUUAGAGAUGGCUGGGUUCCUGUGGAUGAGUGGGCCAUGCUGUGCUUUGUCAAGGAUGGUGUUUGGUAUUGUGAUGACUCUUGCCACAAUCAAGUGUCUCCCACAGAGUAGUGGAGUUACCUAUGUAUGGUGUUGACCCAAGCUGUCCAGGUCUCAUCCAAUGCCUUAAUAUGAUUUAGAUGAUCAAAAUGGUUUAACUCACCAUUUAAUCAGCUGACUGAUUUGAAUGGAGAAGUAUGUAAUGUGUUGUAGCCUAACCAUCCCUGCCAGCAUGGUCAGACUCUUGGUAGUAACCUGAAAUGCUCCUAGGUAGUGAGUAUCAUUGCACAUAAUGAUCUUUACUUUGUCAGUAAUUCAAUGAUACUGAAUAUUACUGUACUGGAUUUUGCUCAGCACUGCUUGGUAACUUUUGGCCAUAAUCCCAGGUCUGGAAUGAUAUGAAGCCAUGUUUUUACAUUCCAUAUGAGACAGGCAAGCACUAUGCUUUGCCUGACUGAUACCUGUACUUUGCAUUUAUGACCCCAGGUAGUUCAUCACUCUCUCUCUCUCUCUCUCUCUCUCUCUCUCUCUCUCUCUCUCUCUCUCUCUCUCUCUCUCUCUCUCUCUCUCUCUCUCUCUCUCUCUCUCUCUCUCUCUCUCUCUCUCUGUUUGGAAUUAUACUGUAUAUUAGGAAAUAUCAUUAAAGAGUGUGUGUGUAAAAAGUGUUUGCAUUAUUGUGCAUUUGAUGUUGGUUUCAUGAUUUAUAAAGAUUGCUAUUUUUAAUAAAGUUAUUGAAAUUGUUA